UCUGCAUCUAAUAGCAGGAGCCACUGACCGAGCACUUAACAGCGGUGGAAAAUUAUUUGAAAACAUCCUCAAUUCGUGGCUCAGAGAUGGAGCAAUUUCCACUCGAAACGUUUCAGAGUCAAACGCGGAGAGCACCGAUGACCGAUCGAAAAGCAGUAAUAAAAAAUGCCGACAUGUCCGAGGACAUGCAGUCAGAUGCUGUGGAGUGCGCCACACAGGCCAUGGAAAAGUUCAACAUUGAGAAAGACAUAGCAGCGUACAUCAAAAAAGAGUUUGACAAGAAGUACAACCCUACAUGGCACUGUAUUGUUGGGAGGAACUUUGGUUCCUAUGUCACCCAUGAAACGAAGCAUUUCAUCUACUUCUACCUUGGACAGGUAGCUGUUCUUCUGUUCAAAUCUGGUUGAUUUGACUCUAAAGAUUAUGAAAGGAUCGCUGGACGUCCAUAGAAAAUGCUUUAUAGAAACUUACAACUUUAGAGUUUGUACAAAGUGAAGGUUGCUAUGUUGUAUUAAAUCUUAUCACCAUAACAGUACACUGAUAUAUAAUCCCACUAGACACACCUUUGCAAGUUUUGCCUUACAGCAGAUAAUUAUACGCUAUACUAUCAAUACAAGCUCUAAGAAUAUUAUUCCAAGAGAGAAGAUCCAAUUUUCUCUUUUACUGCAAAUCUUCUGUUCACCUAUGGUUGCUAUGCUUGGAAUCUGGACUUUGAAAUCGAAUUUGCAUUAUUUCAAAAAUAGUUUAGAUGUAAUAAAUUGUUCUAAAGUUUA